CGGUGGAGGGGGCGGGCGGUGGAGGAGCUGCUUCCGGGUGAGCUCCCCAGCCCCGACGUGGGCCCCGGAAGGCCAGAGCCGGAGACAGCAGUGGUGGGAGCAGCUGCCCGGAGCGCUUAGGGAGGCAGACAGAGCCUGCAGCCAACACCCCAAGAGCCCUUGGUUCCAACCAACUGAUGCCCCUGUGCCCACUGGCCCACGCCAUGCAGCCCCAGUCCAUUCUGCACAGUGGCUACUUCCACCCACUGCUUCGGGCCUGGCAGACAGCCACCACCACCCUCAAUGCCUCCAACCUCAUCUACCCCAUCUUUGUCACGGAUGUUCCUGAUGACGUACAGCCUAUCGCCAGCCUCCCAGGAGUGGCCAGGUAUGGUGUGAACCGGCUGGAAGAGAUGAUGAGGCCCUUGGUGGAAGAGGGCCUACGCUGUGUCCUGAUCUUCGGUGUCCCCAGCAGAGUUCCCAAGGACGAGCGGGGUUCUGCAGCUGACUCCGAGGAGUCCCCAGCUAUUGAGGCAAUCCGUCUUUUGAGGAAGACCUUCCCCAAUCUCCUGGUGGCCUGUGAUGUCUGCCUGUGUCCCUACACCUCCCAUGGUCACUGUGGGCUCCUGAGUGAAAAUGGAGCAUUCCGGGCUGAGGAGAGCCGCCAGCGGCUGGCUGAAGUGGCACUGGCAUAUGCCAAGGCAGGAUGUCAGGUGGUAGCCCCAUCGGACAUGAUGGAUGGACGAGUGGAAGCCAUCAAGGAGGCCCUACUGGCACACGGAUUCGGCAACAGGGUAUCCGUGAUGAGCUACAGUGCCAAGUUUGCUUCCUGUUUCUAUGGCCCUUUCCGGGAUGCGGCUCAGUCAAGCCCAGCUUUUGGGGACCGCCGCUGCUACCAGCUGCCCCCUGGAGCACGAGGCCUGGCCCUCCGAGCUGUGGACCGGGAUGUACGGGAAGGAGCUGACAUGCUCAUGGUGAAGCCAGGAAUGCCCUACCUGGACAUCGUACGGGAGGUAAAGGACAAGCACCCUCACCUCCCUCUCGCUGUGUACCACGUUUCUGGAGAGUUUGCCAUGCUGUGGCAUGGAGCCCAGGCCGGGGCAUUUGAUCUCAAGGCUGCUGUACUGGAGGCCAUGACUGCCUUCCGCAGAGCAGGUGCUGACAUCAUCAUCACCUACUACACACCCCAGCUGCUGCAGUGGCUGAAGGAGGAAUGAUGGAGAGAGUGCCAGAUCCAAGAACUAGAACUUUAAAAAGUUCCCGGGGCCACAGAGAAGUCAAAACCAAAGUAAAUGCUGCUUUUAGAACUGUG